UUCUUAGUCUGUUUUUCCACUCAUUUGUGAAGCCAUUAGGAAGUUUGAGCUGGGCUUAGGCUAUAUUUUAGAUAUUCCUCUCAAUGUGAACAUGGCCCCGUCUUAUUUCUCUCUUCACUCAUGUUGAUCAGAUUAAGUCUCUUUUUAGGUAAAAACCUCGUUCUUAAAAGAAACUCUUUUUUUAGGUAUAAGGGCAUACUGGACUUAUAGUAUCCUAUGCCAAGGUAAAACUUUCUUUCUGAAAUUAAUGUAACUCGAAUUCAGUUUAUUAACUUGAUAAAUUUAAUGGUAAAUUCAAGGAAUAAUCAGUGUCUUUUAAUAUACAGUACUUAGCUUUCCACUGCAUUCGUCUCCCAUGUUAAAUGUUUGCAUGCUGAUCACCAUGAAGACCAGGUUUCAGGGUCCAGGGUUCUAUUGCAGCACAUUGUCUAAUGGGCUGCUCUGUAAGGGGGUCAUAGAAAUAUUCUUAGAACAUGUUUUGUGGUACUUCAUCAGAUGGUUUUGACUUUCUCCUGCAGUGAAUAAUCUGGAGUUUCAUUUGACAUGUAAACUGUGGUGCUGUGUGUUAAAAGAAAAAAAAAACAACAACUAAUCAUAAUGGCCUACAAGACUAUAAAAGAUGACAAAAAAAGAUACAAUGAAAGAAUUUCAGGGUUAGGGUUGACUCCAGAAGAGAAACAGAAGAGGGCCACAACACCUGCUUCAGAAGGAGAGCCAGUUCCUCAGGUCAGGGUACCAAGUCAUGUUCCUUUCCUGCUAAUCGGAGGAGGCACUGCUGCUUUUGCUGCAGCCAGAUCCAUCCGGGCUCGGGAUCCUGGGGCCAGGGUACUGAUUGUAUCAGAAGAUCCUGAGCUGCCAUACAUGCGGCCUCCUCUGUCAAAAGAACUGUGGUUUUCAGACGAUCCAAAUGUCACAAAGACAUUGCGAUUCAGACAGUGGAAUGGAAAAGAGAGAAGCAUAUACUUCCAGCCACCUUCUUUCUAUGUGUCUGCUCAGGACCUGCCUCACAUUGAGAAUGGUGGAGUGGCUGUCCUCACUGGGAAGAAGGUGGUACAGCUGGAUGUGAGAGGCAACAUGGUGAAACUCAAUGAUGGCUCUCAAAUAACCUAUGAAAAGUGCUUGAUUGCAACAGGAGGCACUCCAAGAAGUCUGUCUGCCAUUGAUAGGGCUGGAGCAGAGGUGAAGAAUAGAACAACACUGUUCAGAAAGAUUGGAGACUUUAGAACCUUGGAGAAGAUCUCACGAGAAGUCAAGUCGAUUACGAUUAUUGGCGGGGGCUUCCUCGGUAGCGAACUGGCCUGUGCUCUUGGCAGAAAGGCUCAAGCCUUCGGCACAGAAGUGAUUCAACUCUUCCCCGAGAAAGGAAACAUGGGAAAGAUCCUCCCUGAAUACCUCAGCAACUGGACCAUGGAAAAAGUCAGACGAGAGGGGGUUAAGGUGAUGCCCAAUGCGAUUGUGCAAUCAGUUGGAGUCAGCGGUGGCAAGUUACUUAUCAAGCUGAAGGACGGCAGGAAGGUAGAAACUGACCACAUAGUAGCAGCUGUGGGCCUGGAGCCCAAUGUUGAAUUGGCCAAGACUGGUGGGCUGGAAAUAGACUCAGAUUUUGGUGGCUUCCGGGUAAAUGCAGAGCUACAAGCACGCUCUAACAUCUGGGUGGCAGGAGAUGCUGCGUGCUUCUACGAUAUAAAGUUGGGUAGGAGGCGGGUAGAGCACCAUGAUCACGCCGUUGUGAGCGGAAGAUUGGCUGGAGAAAAUAUGACUGGCGCUGCCAAGCCGUACUGGCAUCAGUCAAUGUUCUGGAGUGAUUUGGGCCCCGAUGUUGGCUAUGAAGCUAUUGGCCUGGUGGACAGUAGUUUGCCCACAGUUGGUGUUUUUGCAAAAGCAACCGCACAAGAUAACCCAAAAUCUGCCACUGAACAGUCAGGGACUGGUAUCCGAUCAGAGAGCGAGACAGAGUCUGAGGCCUCAGAAAUCACUAUUCCUCAAAGCAGCGCAGCAGUCCCACAGGUCCCUGUUGAAGGGGAGGACUACGGCAAAGGUGUCAUCUUCUACCUCAGGGACAAAGUGGUGGUGGGGAUCGUGCUGUGGAACAUCUUUAACCGAAUGCCAAUAGCAAGGAAGAUCAUUAAGGACGGUGAGCAACAUGAAGAUCUCAAUGAAGUAGCCAAGCUCUUCAACAUUCACGAAGACUGAAGCCCCACAGUGGAACGGGCAGGCUCUUCUCUGUCCCUGACAGUGGAUGGGAUGGGUACCACAGCAUUUUUUAUUGAGCAGACUUUCUCUGUGUGUAUGAGUGUGAAUGAUCAAGUCCUUUGUGAAUAUUUUCAACCAUGUAGAUGAAUUCUUAAUGUUCACAUCGCUAAAUAAAACCUGAUUCUUCUAAA